UCUCCUUCCCUCUCUCCUCAGAUGUCUUCCAAGAUGACAUCUCUUCCUGCUCUUCCUCCUUGUCUCCCGAGCAACUCGGGAUCCUCCAAUCACCAGCCUUCUCCUCGUCGCCAGGGUUCUCAGACGACCAAUCACUGAGUGACCUGUCGCCUGGGGUCUUGCCCCUUACCCACAGUCCCACCCAUGUUCAGUCUAUCUUGGCUUUGCUCCCAGCAACCGAGGGCGUCAGCCAGUCAAGGAGCAUGACCGUGGGCGACUCUAACUCCAUGGCAAAGACCGGGAGACCAAAGGGGAUGUAUCUGACCUCCCAUGCCACGCCCCUGCUGCCAAAGACAGCCCGGUCUCUCACACCUCCCUACGACUCUUCCUCCCUUACUCCCUCCCUGAAUUCCUCUCGCCCCCCCCGCCCGCGGAAACCACGGGAUUCACAGCCCAAGAUGAGGAAACUCAAAUACCAUCAGUACAUUCCCCCCGACCAGAGAGGGACGGCCGGGACUGCCGGGGGAGGGGCCAGUCAGAGGAGCCCCACCCCAGCCCAGCUCUUAGACCCCGCCUACUCCAGCCUCCUGCAGCAACAGCAGGUGUUCCUCCAGCUGCAGAUCCUCCAGAACCAACAACAACAACAGCAGAACCAGCAGCAACAGGACCAGCAGCAGCUCACCGUCACACCCAGUGGAGACACCAACCAAAUGGUGAGGUUCUCUGGAGCCAUGCACCAGAACCCUCAGCCUGUAUCCAAGGCAACAAACCACACCUCUGUGGACACAAGUCCCUCCAACAAGUCUGAGCUCCUCCCACCUAACCUGGUCGACCUCACGGUGUCUGAGUUGCGACAGCAGCUGCGUAAGCGAGGUCUUCCUGUCUCCGGCACCAAGCCCACCCUCCUCCAGAGGUUACGCCCUUUCCAGCUGCCCCACCUGUGUUUAACCCCUAUGCCCCUCUGCCAGCUGGGUACCAGCCAGGAACCCCUUACCCCCACCUCCUUGCUCACCCCCAGCCACUACCCCAGCUCCAGCUCUGGAACUGACUCCCCCACCAACAGCCCUAACCAUCAGGUCUACAUCCAGUCCACUGGAAUUCUGAGCGGGGUUCCAAACGGAAUUGUUAAUGGCAUUCCGAAUGGUAAUACUAAUGGAAUAGGGGUCAGUGUGGUGGGGGAGCAGUGUGGCUUCCUGGCCGCUGCGUUAACCCCAUCGUCGACACCCAGCCCCGGUCUCCCCCUAUGCUCCUCUUUGCCACUGUCGACUGGCGCCUUCUGGCAGUCGGAACAGGAGCAGCAGGAGUUGAGCCUGGAGCUGGAGAUGAGGGAUAGGAUGAGGAGCAGGCCCAGGGAGAGGCUAUCUCCUCCUCUGUCUCUAUCCUGUGGGGGUUCCCUCCAUCCCUUCCUGCAACAGGAUCCAGGAUGGCCCAGAGGGACACCAGAGAGGGAAGGACAGACAGAGAUCCUGUUCACACAGGUGUUCUGCUGCCAGCCGUGGGACGUGAUUGGCCAGGACUUUGAGCUGCCCAUGCAGAUCACAGCCAGUCCCAUUCAAGCCCCACCCAGCGUCCGCAGUCUGGAGGAGGAGCUGCAGGAGGCCAUUAACAGAGUACUGAUGGACCCCAGUCAGUCUAUAGAGGACAUUCUGGAGGAACCUACCACCUGUGUGGACUCCCACUCCUCCUCUGUCUCAGACCUCCAAUCCCCUGUCACUAUCCUCCCUGGCCCCUCCCCUCCUCCCCAAACAGACCAAUCCCAGCCGUUCCGUUGUCAUUCAAAGGAUGACAACUUCCUAUCCUCUCCUCUCUGCUCCUCCCUCCUGCUGGAGCUCCCACCGUCACCUUCGACGAUGGUUCCCCGCCAAGCCGCCCCACCCCCUCUCCCUCCCUCCAUCUGUACUUCUCCCCUGCCUCCCACUGUGACCUCACGGAAGAGGCGGGCUCAGGCAACCUUUGACCCUGCUGAUUGGUUGGAGUCGCUAGCCUCUGGACUCCGCCCUCUCAGUCCUCCAUCUGCCCCAUUCGUUGAGACCGACUUUGGCCUCAAUUUGGAUCUGAACGUCAAUCGAGCGUUGGAUCUCAUGGUGGAGCAGUGGUGAAGGUCUUAGGUGGACUGAGUGUCAGUGUGUGUGUGUGUGUGUGUGUGUGUGUGUGUGUGUGUGUGUGUGUGUGUGUGUGUGUGUGUGUGUGUGUGUGUGUGUGUGUGUGUGUUAGUCGGACUUCAACAUACACCUCCCAAACAAUGGGAACAGAUUUGUGAAUGUCCAUCCAUCAGUCUAUCCAUCCAUCCCCUCUGUCCAUUUUGUGAGUGAGUAGUCUGUUUGAGAGAGGUGACUGCAGGUCUGUACCCCACGCAAUGUUGAGAGACAGAUACUACUACACUGGAAGAGAUGAAAAAAGACUGAGUUGCAUUGGUGGAACAAUAACUGGCAGAGGGAAUCUCACACACACACACACACACACACACACACACACACACACACACACACACACACACACACACACACACACACACACACACACACACACACACACACACACACACACACACACACACACACACACACA